AUGCGACAACCCCAGAUGCGACACAGCUCGCAUUCCCCCAUGGGCACGCCUCUUGCGAACCAGAGGAAAAAAGUCACCAUUGGUUCCCUGCGCAAUCUGUACAGGAAGCGCGAACCAAUCACAGUUAUCACCGCGCACGACUUCCCCAGCGCUCACGUUGCGGACCAUGCUGGCAUGGAUAUAAUCCUAGUAGGCGACAGCCUGGCCAUGGUUGCUCUUGGCAUGGAAGACACAAGCGAGGUUGUCGUUGACGAAAUGCUGCUGCAUUGCCGCUCUGUUGCGAGGGCCACCAAAUCCGCCUUUACUGUCGGCGAUUUGCCCAUGGGCAGUUAUGAGAUUGCCCCGGAGCAGGCCUUGGAGACGGCCAUCCGCUUUGUCAAAGAGGGCCGGAUGCAAGGCGUCAAGCUCGAGGGCGGCAAGGAAAUGGCGUCGACCAUCCGAAAGAUCACGUCCGCGGGCAUCCCUGUCCUCGGCCACGUGGGCUUGACGCCGCAAAGGCAGAACUCGCUGGGAGGCUUCAGAGUCCAGGGCAAGACGUCCGGCGGCGCUCUUAAGCUCCUCGAGGAUGCGCUGGCCGUGCAGGAGGCUGGCGCCUUUGCUAUGGUCGUUGAAGCUGUCCCCGCCGAGGUGGCUACGCUCGUUACUGAGAAGCUGUCGGUCCCCACUAUCGGCAUCGGCGCUGGCAAUGGCUGCUCGGGCCAGGUCUUGGUGCAAGUCGACAUGACCGGGAACUUUCCUCCCGGGCGUUUCCUGCCCAAGUUUGUCAAGAAGUACGGCAACGUCUGGGGCGAGAGUCUCAAGGCCAUUGAGACCUACCGCGACGAGGUGAAGAGCCGGCAAUACCCUGCGCCGGAGCAUACAUACCCCAUCUCGAGGGAAGAGCUCGAGGCCUUUGCCGAUACUCUGGAGAAAUUGUAA